AUGUUGUAAAGGACGAGCUGUUAACAUGUAACAGUUGAGUUAAUAUUAUCUGUUGAUAUAACGUUAUUACUAAAGAGACAUUAAGACGUUUGUGUGCGUGUGAGUGUGUGUGCGCGUGUGCGUGUGUUUGAGUUGUGGUUGCUAAGAAAACAUAAGAUAAAAAAGCGAGACAAUAUUAAGAACUAUGUGAUAUAGCGUUAGGUUGUUGUUAACGGUCAUGUAUAUCUAUAUGUACGUACAUUACUGUAGAGAAAUGAACCGGGAAGAAACUAAAUGAUAAUUGUUUAGCACGCUAUUUGUUUUGGGAGCUUCCUUGAUGACUCAUUGUGUCUCAAACUUUGAUAUCAGAUAGGGCGCAGUACGGAAUCAAAGGAAACUUAACUAAAGAGGAUUACAUUUCAUAUGACAUAAACCAUGACUUGUGGUCACAGAAGGUAACUCUGUGGUCCCAAACAGAUGGGAACCUGUGGCCAAGUUUGAUCAGGAUCACAAUACCGGCCCACAUAAAGGCCCAUCUUCCCCUCACUGUGGAACAAGACCCAGAGGCACUUGAACUCCUUCCCUUGUGCUAAAUUUUAAAUAAAUAAAACUGACAUUUUAAAGACACCCAAGAUUGACUAAGACAUUUAAAGGAGCAUUUAAAGCAAAUAAGCCUAAGAAUCAUCUAAAGUGUAACCAAGCUGUGACAUCAUGAUGAAGAUGCCUGCUGAUGGAACUAAAUUGCCUUUACAAAAGAAAAUUGUUUGUCACGCUUACUUAACCGGUAACUGUUGGUCCAAUGAUUAAUCAAGCCCUCCCACUCUACGGGUGUGUAGUCAUGAUUUAACAAGAACAACCCUGACUGAGCGGAAAUGGCUGACUAAUUUAACCACACACAGAUAAGGCAUAAAACUCAUGACAGGACUUGUUGGAUGCUGUCAAAUGAAAAGUGAGUAUAUCCAGGGAUUUCCUUAUGGUCGGUAUUCAUAUGACUGUCUAUGUAAUUACUGCAUGGUGAAUACUUGGUGGUGUCAAUACACAUUUAGAAUACAUCUUAACAAAAUAACUAAAGGGGGUUGAUUCAUUUCUCACGUCUGCCACUUCUGUUACCACCUCGACGGCGCAACUGCACACUAGAACUUUGCCCUCUCGCCCGACAACAAUGUAACCUUUCCAGGUUUUCCUUCAGCGUCUCAGGGCACAGCAGUGGAGCCACGCCACAAGGACAGUCUCCCCCUCCGGCCACAGAGCGACAGAGGAGACGAAGAGGAGUGAGGGAAAUAUUUAAACCGUUUUUCUGCCAAACUAUUUUCUAUGAAUAUCCUCUUCUUUUUUUUUAAAGAAAAACAUUCAUCGGAUGGAUGCAACAAAAAUCAGUCCCGACUAGUCGUUUUUGUAUCUUGUGGAAAACUACAACCGAUUCAAUUUGAACAACACUUCACAACAAGUUGAAGCCAUGGAAGAGAGGAGGCGGCCGGGCUACAGCGUGCACAGGGAGGUCCUGGACGAAGAGGCCGUGGAUGAGAUUGCAAAAAAGUCUGACUCAAAGUCAUCCCUGCGUGAGAAGCUCAAAAAGUCAAUGAGGUGUUCUGGUCCCAGGUUGAAGAGCUGCCUGCUGGGGAGCGUUCCCGUUCUGUCAUGGCUGCCUCGGUACUCGCUCAGAGACAACUGCCUGGGCGACCUGAUCUCUGGAAUCAGUGUGGGGAUCAUGCAGCUCCCGCAGGGUAUGGCUUAUGCCCUGCUCGCCUCUGUCCCUGCAGUCUUUGGACUUUACUCCUCUUUUUAUCCAGUCCUCGUCUACUUCAUCUUUGGCACUUCAAAGCAUAUUUCCCUGGGAACGUUUGCGGUGUUGAGUGUGAUGGUUGGAGGAGUGACAGAGCGAUUAGCACCGGACUCCAACUUCAUGAUUUGGGACAACGUGACCAACGCCAGUGAAGUCGACGUGGUCGCCCGGGACGCAGAGAGGGUCAAAGUGGCUGCAGCCGUCACCUUCGUGUCUGGAUUAUUUCAGAUUCUACUCGGCCUCGUCCAGUUUGGUUUCGUUGUGACCUACCUGUCCGAGCCGCUGGUCCGAGGUUACACCACAGGAGCGGCCAUCCACGUCAUCGUGUCCCAGCUCAAAUACACCUUCGGCAUCAGACCCGUGAGACACAGUGGACCGCUCUCAUUGAUAUAUACGGUGUUGGAGAUAUGCUAUCUCCUUCCAAAGACAAACAUUGGUUCUCUUGUGGUCAGUAUCGUCGCAAUAAUCUGCCUCAUCCUCGUAAAGGAGCUCAACGCAUACUUGAGUAAAAAACUACCUGUUCCCAUACCGGUGGAACUGCUUGGUAUUGUAAUCGCCACAGUCAUCUCCUGGCAAGUUAACUUGAAGGACAAAUAUGGAGUGGACGUGGUGGGACUGAUUCCCUCAGGCCUCCAACCGCCGGUGCUCCCGGACGCCUCUCUGUUUGGUCAGGUGAUCGGGGACGCCUUCGCUCUGGCCGUGGUCGGCUACGGCAUCGCCAUCUCCCUGGGACGAAUCUUUGCGCUAAAAUAUGGAUACAAAGUGGACAGCAACCAGGAACUGAUCGCUCUGGGUCUGAGUAACUCCAUCGGAGGCGUCUUCCAGUGUUUCGCCAUCAGCUGCUCCAUGUCUCGCAGCAUGGUUCAGGAGAGCACAGGCGGGAAGACUCAGGUUGCUGGUGCUCUAUCUGCAGUAGUUAUCCUUUUCAUCACGCUCUGGAUUGGAACGCUCUUUGAAGAUUUGCCAAAGGCAGUGCUGGCCGCCAUCAUCUAUGUCAACCUCCAGGGCAUGAUGAAGCAAUUCAUGGACAUCCGUGUGCUGUGGAGGAGCAACAAAGUAGACAUGUUGAUCUGGGUGGCCACCUUCAUCCUCACCUUGCUGUUGAACCCUGACCUGGGACUGGCUGCUGCCAUUGGUUUCUCUAUGCUCACCGUCAUCUUCAGGACACAACUACCUAAAUACUCCAAAUUAGGGCAGGUCCCAGACACCGACAUUUACAGGCCACUGGAGGACUACGAUGAGCUGAAGCAAGUGCCAGGGAUUUUGAUCUUCCGUUCCUCUGCCACCCUCUACUUUGCCAAUGCUGAGAUGUACCAAGAAGCACUUGGAGAGAAGUCGGGCAUUGACAUUACCAAACUCCUGUCAGCGAAGAAGAAACUAGAGGCCAAAAGGAAGAGGCACGAGAAGAAAAAUGCCAAGAAAGCUGCAAAGAGGAGCGCCGCGAACCUGGUGAGGACGGCAAGAGACACAAUGACUGAGGGGGGGCCAGAGAGGGACGGCCAGAAUGAGAUUGCCAUCAUUGAGAUGGAUGCGGAGCCCGACCCCUCACUCCCCAGAGCCAUCAUCCUCGACCUCAGCCCGGUCAACUUCUUGGAUACGGUGGCCGUCAAGACGCUGCGCAGUAUCCGGAGGGACUAUGGGGAAGUUUGUAUAGAGGUGGUUCUCGCUGGCUGCUCCAGUGGCGUCAUAGACAACCUGCAGACAGCAGGUUUCUUUAACGACAAGGUGACCAAGUCCUGUCUCUUCUCCACCGUCCAUGACGCCGUUCUGCACUGUCAGUCUGCCCAAAAGCACAGCCCUCAUGAGGACUACAACGCGACACAUUUCUGAGUCCUGAGAAGAGUGAUGGAGGGUUUUAUGAACAAGAGCCGGACAUGAGGAUUUAAUCCAGUGAGCUUCUGAUUUCGGGGGCACUGCACAGAAACCCAAACAUGCAGACAAACACUCAUUGUAACAAACACAGUUACACACCCCGAGUCCUGCAAUGAUAAGCCUCGCUGGAGGAGUUUACACAUCCAAGCCAUGGAAAAACAACACAGACAUACAGAUGUGUAGUUAAAACACAUUAAUACAGACUGAUGUUUUUCUGUGAUGUAUUUAUGCAUCAAAAAGGAUUCUUUUAAAUUGCCCUUAAUCGGUAAAAUACACCAAAUAAAAACGUGCAUGGAUGGUUUAUUCCCGAAAAUCUAAAAAUCAGCCAAUUUCAAUGUAAUCACAUGGAAAAUAAACAUUGUUUUACUUCUCAUUGAAUGAUACCGUUCGUGAUUUGAGGAUUCCAACGAAGGCAUUUCGAUUUGGUGACGCGCCAACAGGAAAUUUCAAAAAGCCUCUGAAAAGAUGAGGUCUGAUGUUCUCCCUUCCCGUGUCACUGGGACCAGGACGCUGCCUUCGCACUCAGGCUCUUUGUUUGUGUACAGACGCAUUCAGUGAAUUUUGUUUUUCUGCCUGAUGUUUGAGAUGCUCAUUCAUGUUACUCAGGAACAGAGAGUAGCAAUGAGGGCGGCGGAAACCAAACCCAGAACCACCUCACGUGUUCUCAUAUUGUAGCAAAUAAGCAAACUCAAUCUUUUUUGUUGCUGUUUUGACCCUGAAUCACUCAUGAAACAGCAAUGUGCUGGAAAGGGAUUAUAGUUCAUUUAAUUAUCAGUGCAGUUGGAGACGUGGUGAUUUCAAACACAUCACUUGUCUGUUUACUACAACCAGGUUUGAUGAAUCAUUGUUUAUUCGAACACUAUGAAUCAUAUUUUCUUAAUGUUAUCCUCAUAAAUAUUAUUUAAAGUACCUUGCUUUUCCUGCGAUGGAUUUACUUACCUAAUUCCAAAAAGUGAAACGAAUGUUUUCUUUAAGACCUGACAAAAAAAUGACUAAAAUUGAACCUGCACUAAUAUAAUAUUAUCAUAAUCAUAACGUAUCAUAUAUCAAACAAGGUGCCAUUUUAGAGCUUUUGGAUUGUUAUCCCACUUUACUGUUUGAGUUCAUUGCUCUUAUCAGCCUCAUCUACAGAUGUAAACGACCAGCUUUGAUGAAGCGAAGCUAAAUGGAAUUAAGUAUGGAACUAACAUUUGUCAGAUGGCCCGAAGUCACGACCGACUUUGUGUUUGUUGGAAACAAAAAUGACAUGUGGAGUUUUCUUGUGAACACACAAACCUUGGGUUUACAUGGUGUUUAGUUGUAAAAAACUCAUUCCACAAUAAAUAUAAAAGGAAAACUGAUUAAAAAACAGGAAUAUAUUUUAAA